AUGAAAUCAAUUAGAAGAGACUCCGAUUCGAGCUUAAUCAAAGCGACGCUAUUCUGCUUGAUCGCAAUCAGCUCACCGAGGCGCGUGAAACUCAAUCUAAUCCGAGAGAAGCUCAUCAAGGGUCUUACGAAGCUGUUAACGGAUCCAACGACGGCGAGCGUUUCGAUGACGGAGAAAUCUUUGAAGCUUCUCGAGGGUUUAGCAUCCACAAAGGAAGGCAGAUCGGAAAUCUGCGGAGGAGACGGCGAGUGUUUGAAGACGGUGGUUAAGAAGCUGAUGAAAGUAUCGACGGCGGCGACGGAGCACGCCGUGACGGUGCUUUGGAGCGUCUCUUAUCUUUCACGGAUCCAACGAGCGAGUGUUUCGGUGACGGAGAAAUCUUUGAAGCUUCUCAAGAGUUUAGCAUCCACAAAGGAAGGCAGAUCGGAAAUCUGCGGAGGAGACGGCGAGUGUUUGAAGACGGUGGUUAAGAAGCUGAUGAAAGUAUCGACGGCGCCGUGA